CUCACGUUUUCAGCCAACCGCCGCCCAACUGAUCCGUCCAAAGUGAUUGGGCUUUGCCGGAUUACCGGCUCUGUCCAAGAGAAUCUUGGCCGCGGCUCAGACGCGGAGUGAGCGUCUGAUACGACAACACAGCCAGUCCAAAUUUAUUCAAAGUAACCAUCCUCACCCAAGUUUGAAUCUGAGUUUCUGUGCCCACUUUCCUGCCUAGAGCCAUACGUCUAUCACUAGAUAUCCGCUAUCACGUCCUUAUGUCUUGGAACAUCUCCGCCGCCAGCGAAGAAUGGCUGAAAGACUUUGUCAGUCGCAUGAAAUCCCAGAAUGGAGUCCUUGACGGUCCAAUAGGAGGCGGUUCGGUGGUCCAGCUUUCAGACAACAUGGUAGUCAAAUACGGGUUAGGGGUGACUGCUCAGGAAGCGGCGACUCAGGACUUCGCCUAUCAACAUGCCAACCAUAGUAUCGUUCGCAUCCCCCGGGUGUACCGCUUCUUCGUCGACAAGUCAACUGGCCUCCCCUAUGGAUACCUUUUCAUGGAGUAUCUCCGUGGCUGGGGCUUAGAUCACCUCGACCUUAAUAUUCAUACAGAUAUCAUUCCGCGCGUUGCUAGUAUAAUUUCCCACCUUGGAAGUAUAUCUAGCAACAGCCAGGCGUCGCCGGGGCCAGUUGGAGGGGGCAAGCCGCAAGGCUACCUCUGGUCCGACUAUGGCACUUGCACUAUAUUCCGUUCCAUCGAAGACAUGAAUACAUGGCUAAACAAGAGGCUUGCAUUGCACGGUAAAUCCAUCGAUCUCACCUCCCAAAGGCUUGUGUUCUGCCAUUUGGAUCUCUGCCGUCGGAAUAUGAUUAUGCUACGCGACAGAUCAAUAGGCCUUAUAGACUUUGGGCAUGCAGGUUUUUUCCCUCGCUUUUUCGAAAUUGUUUCCUUGGAAUACUUGAAUCCCUACGAUCCCAAUUAUACCGGGCCACUUAGAGCAGCGGCGACACAACAAUUGCACUUGAACGAAGAAGAAAAGGGCUUGAUUGAGCUAAUGCAUCGAGUGGUUUCCGUCAAUUUGCGAUUUAUCCACUUUAGCGGUGAAGAGUAUGCACAUACCCAUUCUCCACCUGAGGUUAUCCCGCCGCCCAAUGCAAAACCUCCAACACCUCCGAGACCUCCAACCCCUUCAUCAUCACGACCUCCUCCGCCGCCACCCCCUCCACCGAAAUCAGACCGUCAACCACCUACAUCAAUAACUCCGCCGCCGCCUCCUCCAGCCCAACCUCGUUCCUCCAUUGGACAAAGAGCCUGAUAGUCGGGUCGGACCGGAAAUAGACCGGGUUGGUUCAGUGCCGGCGCUCAUUUGAGUCGGUGAUUUGUAGGGUGCUUUCGUCUAUAGCGAAGCAGCAGAGCAUUGCUCAUAUGCUUGUCCUUCGAUUCGCCUUACGUAGGUGGUACUCUGCAAUUGUUUGCACACGAUAUAUGGGCUACAAGCGCUGAUGACGCGAUUUGGAUUAUCGGUUUUCUUGCUCAGGUGAAAUGCGGUCUAUAUCCUAGAGUUUUAGUUCGACAAAUUGUGGACUAGUUACAUAUAUCCGUUUGAUUAGCAGUGAAAGGGGUUGUAUAAUAUAUGCUUAAAUAAUAACCUUAAGGCCUAAAGCUACCGUAUAGAAAGAAUAAGUUAAAGAGAGAAAGGAGAUGCGAGGGCAUUAAGUUUAUAUACUCGGGCACUGUAGAGGGACGGCUGUAAAUGAACCUAGCAUCAAUUAUGGACUCAGCGCCAACCAGGCCUACCAGAUAGCU